AUGAGUUACAAACAGAACGCAGCUUCGGAUCGCGACGCCUUGUUUGGAAACAGUGGGAAUUCGAGCAAGGCUAAGAAAAGCAGCAAAGCGAAACUCGCAGCUCAUAGUGCAGCAGCCAAAAAUCCAAAGACAUCCAUGGGAUAUCAAUAUCGUUCCAAGGAAAAAAAAACUCCAAUGAAGCCAGGACUUGUAGGUGAAGAAAAAGCUGCCAAGCUCAAAGAGGCUAAAGCUCUGCAGGAUAAAGCGAAAAAAUGUCUCCGAAAGGGGUUGUUUUCUAAACCCGACCCGCUUAGUGCAUCAACUUAUUUCAAACGAGCUGCCGACGAUUUUCAAAAAUGCGGAGAGUUCCGGCUAGAACGAUUCAAUAGGAUGGACAAUGCUGAUUGCCAACUCCAGGUUGGGGCUUAUGCCACGGCUGCUUUAGAAUUUACCCGCGCCGCAGAAUUGAUUGUCGAUGAUCCCAACGAAAGUUUUGAAGCAAAGCAGCAGGUCUCACGAGAGCUCCAUCUGAAGAGCUCAGAAGCAUGGCGAAAUGCAAAUGAGCGUGCCAAAGCAGCUGCUUCCCAGGUGAAGGCUGCGCUUACAUUGAUAGAUGGAGACGAAUCUCGUGCUCUUUCCGGUGAUGUUGUGAUGGCCAUUGAAGAGGCAAUUGAGGCGCAUGUUCCAGACCCUUUGAACCCGUAUUCACGAUAUCGGCAGACCGGUAUUUCAGUCUUCAUCACUGCGGACAGUGGAGAAACGGCACAAAAUCCAUCUUUGGAAACUCUUGAAUUGGCUAAGCAGCAGAUUGUUACGGAGGCUUAUGCGCAUGAAUCUGUCCAGGAGGUUGUAUAUUUAUUGGUGUCGUACGAUGAAUUUGCUUCGGCACUGUACUGUGCAGGCGCGGCCACAACACUAUUGUCAGAAGGAGGUGUUGCAACGCUGUCUCUAUCAAGGGCAUUUCUCACGGAAACCAUCUUGACUCUCGCAAUGGGCGAUCCCAUUGCCGCCGAAGAAAACUUUUUACAAAGGCACGUGCAGAAAUCUUCGUACCUUACUUCACGGGAGUGCAAGUUUGCUGAGGAGCUUUUCCGCGCAGUGAAAAGUAGAGACGACGAACAAUUAGACGAAGUAAGAUCAUCAAAGGGAACAAACAGAGCAGCAAUCGGCAACCUCCAUGAAUGUUUGCGAGUGCUUGUCGGUAUGAUUCAGACGAAUGGGACUGCUCGAAAGGUAACUACCAAAGACAGUUCAAGCAAAAAGGCAGAGCGCAAGCGAAGUCCAAAGAGUAGUCAAUCAUCGAAGAAUGACUCUAGCAAAAAAUCAGAGCCCAAACGAACUCUAAAAGACAGCGAUGCGUCCAAUAAUAUCGGGAGUGACGAUUGGGCUGAUCUUUCUUCUGCGAAAACUGGUUACGAGAGACAAGUUCAAGAUGGUGAUCCGAUAGACGAAGAUGCCUUGCAAAAUGAGUUGGACGGUCUCGACUUCGGCGAUGACGAUUCAAGCGCUGACGAUGAUUCAGUUGAUCUCCGUUGA